AUGGCGAACGAGCUGGCAAAGUGUGGCCACAACUACAGCGCCCGGGAUGUGCAGGUGAAGUUGGCGAACUUCACGCAACGCUACAGAAAAGAGAAAUUNGAUGUGCAGGUGAAGUUGGCGAACUUCACGCAACGCUACAGAAAAGAGAAAUUGGCUAUGGGACCUUCUGGUGGAUCACCCUCAACGUGGCCUUUAUACGCAAGGGUGCACCAGAUAAUCGGUGGAUUUAAGGCCAACAUGUUUUGCGAGCUGACGCUUGAAAACAUCAGCGAAGCCGACAUAGCAUCCCAGCCAUCACCACUGACCCCAGUAUUGCCGUCAUCACUCAGCCCAACAUUUUCGUCACCACUGGCAUCACCUCUUCCUGCUGUGCCAACCACACCGCUGCCUACACCGUCACCGCCGCUGUCAUCACCUCUCACUCGUCUGCCAACCACACCGUCACCGCCGCUAUCAUCGCCAAUGCCUAGCAGCUCAGCUUCUGCGGUUGAGCCUAAAAGAAAGAAAACAAUGGGCACUUUACAGAAGAAAAUAUUAGAAAAAUUUGAUGGGUUGUCAGCGGAGAUAAGCCAACAUAUUCAGAGGAGUGAGGAAAAUGAAAAAGAGUGGAUGAAGAUAGAAAAAGGCAAAGCUGACACACUGAGGGAGAUAGCCAUGGAUAACAAGGAGUUAAAAUUAAGGCCGUUGAAAACGCGUAUGGCUUCAUUAAGGAGGUGGAAAACCGAAACGCAGAAUCUCCAAUAA